AUGGUUCAUUUCGAACUUCUACUAGAUCUAGCACCGUCCUUAUCUCUUCAUCAUAUGAAAUUUCGGAACCAUCACGUCCCACAAGUCGAAGGAGUCCGGGAGCAGGAUAGCAUAUCUGUUUGGCGAAUGCCAACUGCAUUAUCGCAAAGUAGAUUGGGAGGUAGAAGUUCUCCAUCUAACGCUUGCACAGUGAUUGCUGUGCGUAUGGCAGAAGUCAUCCACAGAACAAAUACAAGAAUGCCCGUGCCUGUGUACAAAUCUGAGUCAAGGCACGAAAAACACCGUGCAAAUGAAAUACCUUCAGAAACUAAGCGUGCUGCAGCUGGUCAAGAAGACACGAGUGUAUGCAAAGACCCUAAAGCAAUCACAAAUGCGUUGUGUCCGCCUAAUGUGAUCUCUUGCUUGACAAAUUCAAUUGUUGACGGCAAUAUCAUUCACGAAGCGGCCGUAAGAAGCAGAGGGAAUGGGGAGCAAAAUUUCACAAUUCCAGAUGCAAUCCGCGCGUGCAAAAAUGCAGUAAAGGAAAUCGAUUUUUGUUCUGUGCCGGGACCUCUGAAUACCGAACUCCCGUUUUACAUAUGGGCAGUAAUUCGCAGCCCAGCCUUAUCUCGAGACCUGCGUCUAUUUCUUUUGUUGAUUGCCUUCGAAAGGACUGUUUUGGUAGUAUUUGAGCGUGCAGCUUCAUCACUCACACUGUUUGAUUCUCACAUGCACGGCCACUCAGAAGGUGCAGUUAUAGCCACUGCUCAUAUAGACAAUGUUGAGGAUCUUUGCCAUUGGCUUUCAUAUAAUAUAUUUCACGAAUCGCAGUCACAACGGGAUCGAAAUCGAGAGUUUGAGAUUUCACUCAUACGCUUUUGCGGAGAGACCUCAAGCAGUGACUGUUGUGUGCCUACGUCUAUAAUCCCUUGCGAAAUCCCGGUGUUUGCAACAGCAAAGCGAAGAAGAAAGCGCCGCCUGGAUACAAAAACAAAUGCGAAAAUGGCCAAAGUCGCGCGGUUGGAAUGCAGUCAACAACAAGAUAGAGAAGCUCCGCGACUGUCGUAUAGCUCCAGAUUACAAUCGACCGUACCGCUGUCUUCGUUGGAAAACUUAAGAUCUCGAGUGUGAGCAGAUAAAUAGACCAAGCAGCAAAUUCAUAUUACAGAAGAUUAUGACGUUUUCG